AUGCAGGAUUACAGGAACACCACCACAAAUCAAUUUUUGCCUGUCUAUUGGGCUGGCUGCCAGCAAUGCACUUGUGAAAUUUGCACCUCCCGUGACCCCAGCCGGAACAGCGAAUCCUCACUGGUCGAGCCUAGCGCUGAGGCUCGAAGACCUUCAUUUACAAUCGAAUCUCUUCUUAGCCGAAAGGACGAGAGAAAGCCCGAAGUGAAGCCGAGCAUGGAGAAAUUUACAACUCUGAACAUGAAUUUGGUCUCAAGUAACUCUGCCACACAGUUUCAGAGUGAAAGAUCUGAGUUUCCUUUUGGAUCUAACUAUCUCGAAAGUUUACGAAGGCAGAGUUUUAGCAUGGAGCAGUUUUCUUUGUUAGCGAGAGGAAACGUUCCAACAAGCGGUAGGUUGAUCGAGUCUGAUCUUUUCACAGUAAAUGUUGAGAUGGUAAAAAAAAAAAAAAAUCAGAUCGGCAUAAUCUGGCUAUUUCGAUUUUUUGGGAUCUGAGCAACUUACGGUUCGUGUUGGACGCCCUUUCAAUAUUUUGCAAAUUGCAAACUGCCAGUCCGAUAAAAAAUAGACCGAGUUCUUGAUUUGUGAUGUGUUUUGGAUUGUUUAGACGCGAAAUAUUCGUAAUACUCAUCGAUUUUCAGAAGAAGAAGAUUUUCCUUGUACUUAAAAUGUGGAAGUCUACUUAUAAAAGCAGACGAUGUGUGUCGCCCAUGGUUUAGAAAACGUCUCCAAGGCCGAGUGGACUAGAGUUCUUGAAGAAAUUAAAAAAAGCCUCAGUUCAAAUCUAUCAGGAAGUACAUUGCUAUUUAUUUCUCUUGUUUUCUUCUAUAAAAAUAAAAAUAGCAAAGCUUUUGUUAUAAUUCUUUAUAAAAUCUUAAUCUUUCCUUUAAAGAUCUACUUUUACGACUUUGUCUGUUUUUUCUAGUUUUUCAUUGAGAUGGUAAAUUUGAUUUCAAAACAAGCGAAGUUUUAAAUAUUAUGAAAAAUCUUCUUGUCAAGUCAGUUCCAAAGCAGUUUGCAUGUCUUCAUUUUUAAUCGUAAAAUGUGAAUUUGAGAGUAAUUUUUACAAUUUCAUGCGAUGAUUUUACAAUUUAUUACAAUUUACUAUUUUUGCUCCUUUGAAGCUAAUACUCUGCUAAUUAGAAGUUUCAUAAUCGAUGAGAUACUUCCUUUCCUGCGUGUUUAAAUGCUCAUUUCCGAUGAUUUAAUUUCAUUUGAUUCUUUUCUUAAUCGCCACAGGAAAUUUCAUCUCACAGGGCGAUGAAAUCGACUGGACCGGUGAGAAACCAAAACGCAUGCGCACGAUUUUUACCGUGGAGCAGCUGGAGCGCCUGGAGAGAGAGUUUACACGCCAGCAAUACAUGGUGGGAGGGCAACGGUUUUAUCUGUCAAAAGAGCUUGGAUUGACAGAAACUCAGGUCAAAGUUUGGUUUCAAAAUCGUCGAAUAAAAUGGAGGAAACAGCUCAUAGAGCAAGAAAGGAAUAAGGUCAGGCAACAGAAGGAGCCAGACGCUGGCGGCAACAUGAAGACAGAAGACGUCAAUAACUGA